AUGCUCACAUCCCUUAGCGGCGGCCACUUCCAUCCAGCUGUCACUCUCGUCAAGAUCGUCUUCGAGAAGUUCCCCGCCCACAAAGGCGUUGCCUUCGUCGUCGCCCAAAUCCUCGGCGGCUACGUCGCCUGCCUCGUCGUCUACGCCCAAUUCCACAACGCCCUCAUCCCCGUCGAACAAGCUCUCGAAGCCGCCGGCAAGCUCGCCGAGAUCAACUUCACGCCCUCCGGCCCCGCAGGCAUCUUCGGCCUCUACGCCCCGCCCGGCGCGCACCUCGGCUGGGUCUUCUUCAACGAAUUUAUCUGCGACAUUGUGCUCGGCCUGGGCAUCUUCGCUGCCGUUGACCCGUCGAACGUGUUCUGCGCACCCGCGAUGGCGCCGACGUUCAUCGGUGCGGUGUAUGCGGUGUGUAUCUGGGGGUACGCGACCCCAGGGCUGGCGGCGAAUGCGGCGAGGGAUGUCGGUGGGAGGUUGGCGGCGAUGACAAUUUAUGGGAGGGAAGCGAGCGGAGGCUCGUACGCCGCAAUCGCUGCGCUGACGAACAUCCCUGCGAUGUUCCUUGCGUACAUCAUCUACGAGUUCCUGCUCAUGGACACCGACCGAGGUACGCCUUGUCGAGAUCUUUCAUCUUUAAUGACUUCAAAUCUCACGCGUCUCCAGUGA